AGCUGAGAACUCUCCUUUGUCCUUAAUCGGGUUCUUCAACAAUCAAACAGCCGGCUGGGCAGCAGGGAGCAGACCAGCAAACAAGCCACAAAGCAUUAUCAUAACAUGACCUAAUUCAGAUAUUCAUGGCGAUUUUUGUGAGAGCCAAAAGUUUCCUCUCUUCUUCUCUCAGAUCCUUGACUCGUUCUCAGAGGUGCAACCACACACUUGGUGAAAGAGGUUUGCAAGCUGAAUUGUAUUCUGGAAUGGCUCCAGCCCCUAAUCCCGCUCUUCGUCCAAUUGACACUUCAAAAUGGAAGAAGAUUCAAGCGAGCAAGGUCGGGAUAUCUCUUUCUAUGAUUUCGUUUCCAUCCUGGAUUGUAUUGAAAAUACUACAUAAAGGAGGUUUUGAGGCCUAUUUAGUUGGGGGCUGUGUUAGAGAUUUACUACUAAAUAGAACACCUAAAGAUUUUGAUGUGAUUACCACUGCAAAUCUUAAACAGAUAAGAAAGAAAUUUCAUCGAGCUGAGAUUAUUGGAAAGAGAUUUCCAAUAUGCAGGGUGCAUAUAAAAGGUUCCAUAAUUGAGGUUUCAAGUUUUGAGACAGUUGCAAGACAUGACGCAGACAAAGAAAAAGCUUUAUCCUCUUUAAUACCAAAGAUAUGUGAUGAAAAAGACUUAAUCCGCUGGAGAAAUAGCAGGAAUCGGGACUUCACUAUUAAUAGCUUAUUUUUUGACCCUUUUACGUGUAAUAUUUAUGAUUACAAUGGUGGAAUGUCAGACCUGAAGUCAUUAAAGCUACGGACGUUAAUCCCUGCUCAUGCGUCAUUUCAAGAGGACUGUGCAAGAAUUCUCCGGGGCUUAAGAAUUGCAGCUCGUCUAUGCUUGUCAUUUUCAAAGGAUACUGAGAGGGCAAUGUACGAUCUUUCAGCCUCCAUUGGGGGAUUAGAUAAGUUCAGGUUAAUGCUGGAAGUGAACUACAUGCUGUCAUAUGGAGCUGCUGUGCAAUCCAUCUGCUUGCUGCAGAGAUUUAACCUACUGAAUAUUUUACUUCCAUUUCAGGCAGCAUACAUUAGUCAACACAGAGCUACCAAGAAUUCCAUGAUGCUGAUGAAAUUGUUCUUCAAUUUGGAUAAGUUGGUUUCUUGUGAUCAUCCUGCCGAUAGCAGUCUAUGGGUUGGAUUGUUGAUGUUUCAUCUGGCAUUGGUAAACAACCCUCAAGACGCUCUUGUUAUCUGGACCUUUGCUUCUGUUCUAUAUCAUGGAAACUGGAAGGAAGGUGUUGAAUUUGCAAGAGAAUAUACUAAACUGCAAGUUAAAUUUGUUCCUGAAAUCUCAGAAUUUUCAGAAACUAAAUCAGAUGAAGACCUUGCCAAAGAAGUUGCUCAGUUUGCAUCUCUGGUGCAAGAUUCUGUAGGGGUCUUAACAGAGACUAGCAAUCUAUUUGAAUCAAUGUCCAGAUAUCCAUUUUCUGCUUGCUCUGGUUUGGUAUUUGUACCAAAGAUCACUGCAAAGAAUACUGCUAAAUUGUUUGACCUGAUGGUAGAAGAUAUUAGAUCUUUCAUAAAUGGAAGAGGGAGAAUGAGCCCUGAGAUAAAUUUCCACUUGCUUGGGAUAGGGGAUCCAUGUGAGACAAGAUUUGUGCUUGGCAAAAUUAUUUUAGAAACAAUGAAGGCUGGUCCCCGUGGAGAUGCGACAGAGAUAGGCAAUGAUGAGAAAGACCUCCAACCAAAGGCGACUGAGGAAAUUUUGUCCAAUAAUGAAAUUCCAGGGAAGAAGGUUAAAAAAUAUGCCCCAUCAGCAUUUAUUCCUGAUGGCAACAGAGGGAUGUUGAAGAAGCAAAAAUUGGUUGACGAUGAUACUGCUACAAAGAACCAGGAAAUGGUUACUAAAGAUGAGCUCAACGACUUGGCUGAGAAGCACCAGGAGUUUGGGAAGACAUGCAAAUUAUCUGAAAAUAAGACAAACUCGAUGCAAGGGAAAAUAUCAGAGAAGGAAGAGAAAAGCAAGAAGGAUAAGGAAAAGAAAUCUAGGAAGCAUACGAAGGUAGUAGAGAAGUCGAAACAUCAUAUUGCACUACAUACAGUAAGCAAGAAGCAGCAAAGGGUAGUUAGGGAAUUAAAUUUGAGGGAGGAGGAUGAGAUGGAUAAUUUGGAAAAAGUGUUGUGGAAGGAGGAGGUGAAGGAAAGAACAGAAGAACAUAAAGGAAGAGCAGGAAAGGAGAGAAACGGUGUAAGUUCACUUUCUAGUCUCUUCAGGUGACACAUUCUCUUUUCCAACAGCACAAGUCGUGUACCAAAGUUGUGAUAAAAGUGAUAGAUAGAGGAGAGGUUGGUAAUUGGAUAUGGUGGGAUUACAAAUUUCUUAACAAAAAUUUGACAGUUUAGUGGUUAAUGUGCUUUAUAUCAAUUAAACAUUAGCGUGUUUUGUAUUGUUAACGUUCUUUCUAUUCUGAUGAUGAAUAUUACUCGACCCAAUUCCAAACUGUUGUUCUUGGUUUCAUUCAGUCGCAGUGAAUAAUAAAUGGGUUGUGUUAGAAUUAGAAUA